AUGCCUCCCAGCAAGCUUCGCGUUGUGUAUAACACGGCUAGGGAUAGCCCUCAAGGGGAAGAAAAAAUACUCUCGCUUGCCGUCACUCAACCUGUUUCCUCUCAUUCCUGGAAGGGAAAAGCGCCAUACAAGGCUGGUUCCAAGGAACAGCAGGAGGUCAUCGAUGCGGCCUAUCGUGCUGCGUCCGAGCUCGUUCCUCGUCUCAUUUGCCCACUCGGGGCACUCAUACCUCGCCCUCGUCUCUCGUACGCCUUCUCUCGUCGCUCUCAGCCUCGUUUCGACUCGCCAUUUCGACCCACCGUUGCCCCGUCUUUCGAUCUCGCCGCCAUCGCCAUUCUGAUCCCACGCUUAGCGCCCACCGUCGUCCCCCGUUUGCUGGUCGCGCGUGCCCACUGGUUAGAGCCGCACAACCGGGAACCUGUCCUCGCACCUCAGAGCCACUCAUUGCGGUGUUUUGGGCACAUCAUCGGGUUUAAUGAUUUUGGUGCUAAUCACGCCAAGAUUGCUGGAGGGUUCCAUGACCAUGUUCCUGGCAGAGGCGACCGUAGUCGGCAGUGGAUAACAGUUGAGUUCUUGAAGGACGAGGUCCCCCUUUACCACGAAAAGUCCGAUGGCAAGUGA